AUGCCAAAUCUAGUAUCAGUCGACGUCUCGGUCACAGAUGACCGGGUCAGCCUCGUCUUCUCUCACAAAACCGUGGCAGCCGCCUACGCCUCCUACCUCAAAGCGGAAGACGCCCGGCAACAACAACGAGCAUCCUCCUUUUCCCCACACCACUCCCCACAGCUCAACAACCACAACCCAUACCGCACACUUCACAACAAUCCUCUGAGCGGCUACCACCGCGCUCCUCAGUUCUCCCCUACCACAAAGGAAGUCACAUUCUUCCUCCCCUCCUUCAUCACCUGGUUCAUCACCUGCCGGUUACCCGACGACGAGGAUGCCGUGACCUUCAGCUUCAUCGACGCGGACGAGCAAGUGGCCACCAAGUGGGCUGAGAGCAUGCUCCUCUUUGAGUUGGUACCUCCCAACCCUUACGACGACGUGAAGCAGCUGCAUGUGAGGAGGCUGUGGAACAAGGCGAAGUUGAUCAAUCUCCUGGAGGAUCUUCAGCAACACCAGCAGCAAGCCAGACCUGGUAGUGGUGGUCCGUGGCAGCAGGGCGGUCCAGUUCAGGGGUUGAAUGCUGGGUUUCACGCGGGUGCCGGGUAUGGCGGGUAUGCCGCUAGCGGAGGAAAGACCAGCUCGACCGUGACGAGCCCGAGAGGCAGUGUGAGGGGCAGCCCGACUGGUCCCGGAGGACAGGGAGGAUACAGCAGGAUGAAUCACGGCCCCAAUAACGGACAGGUGAACGGACUUGGUGUUGGCCACGCUGGGCAGAAAAGAGCAAGGGAUGUGUGGUGGUGA